UAUACAUUCGGCUAACUUCGUCAUAACGCCGUGUAGCACCUAGCGCGUAGGUUUAUUAUUGUGUGGCUGAUUGUUCUAUUUGUGAUCACGGCGGACGAAAUCUACUUGUUCAAGAAAAAUGGCAGAUAUUAGUAAGAAGGAACUUCAAAAAGAGAUCGAAAAAAUCCUAAAAAAUGCAAAACUCGCGAACACGUCUACGAAGAAGGUCAUACAGAAGCUGGAGGCGGACUUGGGCGUGGAUCUCUCGGACAAGAAGAAACUGAUUGACGAACUAGUGAUGGAUUACGUGAACAACCUCGACUCUGAGGAGGAGCAAGAAGAUGACGACGAGGAAGAACAUGAUGAGAAAGAUGACAAGAAUGACAGCGAUUGGGGCAAGUCAAGCCCAAAGAAAAGGAAGGUUGAAGAAAAGAAGAAGCCAGCCAUCAAAGCCAAGAAGAAGAAAACCGGCGGCGGUGGUGGCGCGAAGGGCAGCGGCUACACGCGCGCCUACAAGCUGUCCCCCGCCCUCGCAGAACUCAUGGGCGCGCAGGAGAUGCCGCGGCACGAGGUCGUCAAGCGGGUAUGGGAGAUCAUCAAGGUCAGGAACUUGUACGACCCGAGCAACAGGAGGUUCGUCAUCUGCGACAAGGACCUUCUGAAGGUCAUGGGCACUUCCAGGUUCAGGGCGUUCGGCAUGAUGAAGUACCUGAAGACACACUUCUUGGAUUAGAUAGUGUUAACAAAGUGGAUUCUUGACGUGUUAGUUUCCCAAAUAGAAGUGUGGCGCUGCGUUGGCGAGAGCUGAUCGAUUUUAACGGCAAACAACUUGAGCACAAUACUGCGUGAUAGGGGAUUUUUUGAACCAGUAGAUACAAGAUACGAAAA